AUGGCGGCGCAGUGUGCCCAGGAGAGCAUCUAUAACCUCCUGCCCCGCCUGGAGGAGAAGACUGUCAAACCUCCCAGGUAUAUAUCCACAUUUAGACCAUCUGUGAAACGUGAAGUAGAGAAAAAUAAAGCUCAGUGGAAAACUAUGGGACCAGCAAAAGUUGCAGUGCCAUCUCCAAAAAACUUUCUGCAGAAACAUUCAAAGGAACCCAAGCUACCAGCAAGUAAGUCGUUCAAACAGGAUAGUAAGAAAUUGCCUGCAUUAUCAGUGCCACAGAGGACAGAUCACCCAGUUAUGGGAAUUCAGAGUAAAAAGAAUUUUAUAAAUACAAAUGCAGUUGCUGCUAUCACAGGAUUGCCUAAAAAGCCUCAACCUAUUUAUGUUGAUAGAAGACAGGGAGAUAAAUAUCUGCUUGAAACUUCAGGACUUGUUCCAAAAUAUAUUAAAAAAAAGGAUUAUGGUGUUACACCAAAAUAUGUAACACAGAGAAAUGAAGAAAUGAAGAGAGCUCAGAAGGAAUAUGAGGCCGGUAUCUUGGAGCAUCUCAAGAAAAGAGCCAUGAAACAGCUAUCUGAUGAGGAAAGGAGAAGUCUUCUGCAGGGGCUGAAAAAGAACUGGGAGGAAGUGUAUCGUGAAUUUCAGCAUCUUUCGGUAGAAAUAGACACCAUACCCAAGAAGAUAUAUAAAGAAAAGCUGGAAUCACAGAUGAAACAACUGGAGCAUGACAUAGAAGUAAUUGAGAAGCACAAAGUUAUCUACAUCGCAAAUGAGUAA